UAAUCAAUGUGAAUGUCAUUCUUCGGUUAGAGAGCAAAGCGUCAAAAUGGCCGAAUCGCUGAGAAGAUUGGUUAACAUUGGGACAUUUAACGUGUUACAGGAAAAGUUGGAAAGAUGGAUGGACAAUUAUUAUUUAAACACAUGUGACCAGAAUGUGGCGCGGGGCUGUGAGAUUAUUGAGCUCAAUGCCAAGGUGCAGGGACAGCUGUUCAAGCUGCUCAGUGUCUGCGCUCAGGAAGGUGGGUUGUAUGGAGGUGCCAAUGUGAUCAAGUCGCGCCUGUUGCCAUUCCUGGGGCAGACUUUCUUCACAUCAGGCUCCACCUCGGACACGAGUCUCAGUGUACUGGCUGAGGCCGCAGCCAAGAGUCGGGAGCUGGAAGACAUGCAGGACAUGUAUGAGGAAUCUCUCAAGGAUCUUGAGACAGACCUGCGGACCAAGGAGCUGGAAAAUCAGGACCUCCGAGACGAAUUGGCUGAGACCAAAGACCAAGUAAAUCGUAGUUCGCGAAGCCUCAGUACAGAUAAACUCUUCCUGGAAAAUGAGAACCGAGAGCUGAGGAGAAAACUGGCUACAGCGGAAGAAGAGCUGCGCAGCCUGCGCGCAAAGGCGGGCAUAUUGUCUGACUAUGAUACUCAGGUGCGCCGUUUAAGAGAGGACAUAGGCCUCUUGACGGGUCGCAGGGACGCCCUGUUACGUAGCUCCACCAUCCUAAGGGAGGAGCUACCGUCCCACAGGCCCGCGACCCCGUCUAGGUCAUCCAAAGGUGAAGAGUCCUCGCCUCUGUCUGGUGACACGCUGGACUCUCUCACCAAGUACCGCUACACGCCGCGUAUCAGCUCCCCCCUUUCUCUGGACGACCCUGUGCAGCGCGUGCGAGAGUCAAACCUGAUCUCACGCUGGAAUGACCUCUUCUCCCAGGACCGCCUGGACGCCAUGGAUACGCUGAGGACAUACUCAGCAGACCAUGAGAAUAACCAACGAAUCAUCUUCGAGGCUGUCAAGGAGUCAUUUAAUGUAGCCAAGACAGCAUUCCGCCAAUUCAAGAUGAAGGUUCGUUCCAACCUUGCCAUCACCCACACAGGCCCAGAGACCCUGGAAGAGGCUGUUCAGGACUACGUGAACAGGAAUGUGGACCUCUAUGAUGCUCCAGGCAUGGUGUCGGAUGUGAUUCGCAAGCUGAACUGCAAUCCAGGCAUCUUCCUGCCCCCUGACACCACCUUCGCCAUCAUCCAGCCCUUCAUACGGGAGUGUGUCAAGGUCGCCUGGCAGAUGAGUGCCCUGGCCCACCCCCUGGACAUGGCCGUCUCCUCCCGCGCUGAACUGUUUGAUGACACCAAGUAUCGUCGCAGCUACGACUCUGAGUACACCGCCCCUCUGGUGGGCCACCACAUCUGGCCGUCCCUCAUGCAGGGCGCCAUCUGCAGGAUGAAGGGCGAGUGCUGCACCAGGCGCGGCGCCUCUCUGUCUGGGCGCAGUCGCAGCCCGACCCGUUCACGGUCAGUGAGCCCUGGGCCCCGGUCCCGUUCCCGCUCGCGCUCUGUGAGCCCAACGCGCCGCAGCCGCUCCCCCAGUCCUCGGCGGGCAGCUGUCUACUAAGAAGUUUUAGAGAUGCCGAUUGUGAAACAUCAAUGAAACAGUGGCACAUUGAAAACAGGUCACAAGUGUGAUACUGGGUCUGUGAAUGCUAUUGACUGCAAAGAUUUUUUGUUUUAUGUAUCUUAGUUGUUAUUGUUAGAUUAUUUUUAUAUCAUAUUAGAAGUUUGUAAACAAAAGCAUUAGUGUCUGAGCUAAAAACUGGAUUGUUUAUGGGGGAUAUAACUAGUAAAGAAAUGCUUAUAAAUGGUUUGUGAACUUUUUUUAUGAAAUCUAGUGAAAUAAGAAUGUUGAUAAUGGUGUCAGAUUGAUUUGGUAUUUGGAAAAUGGCGUAAUGCUUUUGGUUUGAAGUCUGUACUGUAUUCUGCAAGAUUUAGAAUUGUUUUCUAUAUUUAUGUUUUGUCUUGUGUAUUAUAUUAUAUAAUAUGGUGUUGUAGGUUUGUUAUAUGUAUGUUAUUUUAACGUAUAUACAAAUGCACUAGUUCGGAAAUUCACUUGGAAUGUGUGAUAAUAAAGAAGACACUUUAAAUAAGAACUGAUUUAGAAAUUUGUUAGAUGGGGUUUCAAGAUUGUUUGUCUAUGACAGAUGGUUAAAGAUAUUGAGAGUAACGCAACACUAUGCAGGAUUUCUUCUGAACUGUAGUCAAUUGGAUAAAGAAAAGUUUGAACAGUGGAAAAGUCGCAAUAUUUAUUGAUGGUUUGUUGGAAACCUUCUAUGAAAGUUACAUUAAUUGUGGGAUUAAAGUAGAUGGGUUUAUAGUGCUAUUCCUAAAUAACUAUUACAACUGCUUUAACAUUAAGUUUUAAAAAAUAAACAUAAGAAUUUUAAAUUAUUAUCUUGUCUUUGUUUACUUUCAGAUAUAUUUGGAACUUUUGUAUCAGUGAAUUUCUAAAAUGGGCCAAAUAUCUUUGUUUUCUAAACUGAGUAUUGUUUUUAGAUUGUUUAGCUUUUUAACUACAACAGAUGAUAGAUAUACAUUGCUUGUAUUUUCUUUUUACUUUUUAUGUUGAAGUUUAUAUUUGAUUAACAAAGCUGUUAAAUGUGUACUGGUGUUAAUUUGUGAUAUUGAAGAAAGCAUUCCGUCCUGUGUUAAGCUCAGUUGCACCCUGUGUGUUUGUACAUAUGGUAUUGAGGGAAAUUGCUGUGAUACUUGUUUAUAAUGUGUCCAUUCUGCCUAUUGCUAUCUGUAAAACUAAAUCUGAAUUUAAUAUAUAUAGUUAUGAGUUUCAUUCUUUUUAAUCAAAAUAAGACCAAAGAUGAUUACUUAAAUGAUGUUUUUAGUUUUGAGCUUUAUAUUAAUUUUAAAUUAAUAGUUUGUUUUUUGUUUUAAUUGACAGCACGGUACAUACAACCAUUCCAUGUCUUCAGGUAUAUUGUUUGAAAGAGGUUACAUUUUGAAAAUGUAAGAGCGUUUCAAAAAGAGACAAGGAAUUGCUUGGGUAAUAUUGGCAGCAUUUUAGAAGUGCAUCAAAUGUAUUACUGUUUGUUAGGCAGCAAAGGCGUUGUAUUGUAGUAUUUAUUUUUAUACAUUUUCUUAUUUAUUCACACACAUUUCUAUUUAAUAACGUUUUCAGUAAAUAUUUUUACACAUUGUUGUUGAGAUUAGUGUCAAUAAUGUAAUUCCAGUUAAAAGAAAACUAAUGUUUUAUUAUGUUCACAUAUAUUUUUGAAAUCCUUGUAGAGUCCAUUCACAAAGUGUAAGACAAUUUUACAGUGGUUGCUUUUAUUAUUUUAUCUGUGAUAGAACAAUUACAACAAUGUAAUUAUAGCUUCUAAAAGACAGUCAUUUCCAUGUGAUUAAAAGAUAUUUUACAAAUAACAUUCGUAUAUUUAUUUACGUUUUACAAAGUUUUUCUAGUUAGUUAGAUGUCACAGAAUAAAAUUUAUCUAAUCAAA